UUUGUCGUUCACCGGCGGUGUAAGUAUAACAUUGAAAACAGCGUGGUUAUUUAGAAUGUCAUUUGAGGAUUUUAUCUGAGAUGAAUGAUUGAUGGCUAUAUAUUACUAUUGAUUCGCUGUAUGUAAGUGUAGAGUGUAGGCCGAGUAUUCUCUAAUACAUUGUAAUUGGAAAACUCUAAAUUGCCAAAAAAAACAGAAGAAAACAUGGGUUCAACUUUCACGUGGAAAUAUCUCACCUGGAGUAGAUGUAUAAUUCACCGCAGGUUAAGGAAUUUUGGUAAAAUACAGAGAUGUCAGAGUUCCACCGCAAUAACCAAUAAGAAUAUUCUUCAGUUACACGAAAGAGGUCUCUUCCAGAAUGUCUUUCCCCCUGAAAGUUCUCCAGAUUUGAUGAAGAAAUUACUCAGUGGCCCUCAGUGUAUUUAUUGUGGUUUCGAUCCAACUGCCAGUAGUCUUCAUGUUGGUAACCUUUUGGCUAUCAUAGCACUGUUACACAGUCAAAGAGUUGGACACCAACCGAUUGCUGUGGUGGGUGGCUGCACGGCCAAGAUAGGUGACCCCAGUGGUAGAAAGACAGACCGAGUGCCAAUGGACAAUGAGUUGAUUGAAGAAAACAGUUCCAGUAUCAAAGAGAGCUUACAAAGAAUAUUUGAUAAUCAUCGUGACUUUCUGUGGAAACAGCCCAAUAAAGAACUACCGGAACCUCUAAUCCUUAACAAUGAAGAAUGGUACGCAAAUCUCAAUGUUAUUGAUUUUCUUGCGAAAUAUGGCCGAUCUUUCCGACUAGCUGAUAUGCUGUCGAAACACAGUGUGAAGAGUCGUUUGUCAAGUCCUGAAGGAAUGAAUUUUACAGAGUUUACUUACCAAAUGUUCCAGUCUUUUGAUUGGUUAACUUUACACAAACAUUACAAUUGUUCCAUUCAGAUUGGUGGCAACGACCAACUUGGUAAUAUAGUUGCUGGUUAUGAAUUUAUUAGUCAAAUGACUGACGAGAAAGUAUUGGGUCUCACCAUACCACUGCUAACCACAACUACUGGAGAUAAACUGGGAAAAUCUGCUGGGAACACAGUUUGGUUGAAUGCUGAUAAAACCUCACCUUUUGAUCUUUAUCAGUAUUUUUUGAACCAACCUGAUGCAGAUGUUGAAAGAUUGUUAAAACUUUACACAUUUCUCAGUAAUGAACAUAUUGAAAACAUCAUGGAAGAACAACGAGCCAAACCACAUGAAAGAAUUGGUCAGAGAACUCUUGCUGAACAAGUGGUCUUGUUGGUACAUGAUGAAUCUGGUUUAAAGAUGGCCAAACGCUGGACAGAAGCCUUCUUCACCAAUAACACAGAUGUUCUUAGCAGACUCUCAGAAUCUGAAAUAACCGAACUCUUUCGAAGUGCAGCCACAUGUCGCAUGUUGUUGGAACCAGGAAUGACAGUUCUGGAGACGUGUAUGAAAGCCAACUGUUUUGACCGGGAAGUAGAUGCAGAACGCAUCAUCCGAGCUGGUGGUGUCCGUUUCAACCACCAGAGGGUUGCAGAACCAGAUAUGGUUUUACAGGAAGGUCAGCAUAUACUCUCAAAUAAGUUAUCCCUCAUCCGUGUUGGUAAAAAGAACCAUUAUAUUGUGAAGUGGCUCCCAUAAACCGUUUCACCUGGAUGACAGUUUAUUCAUGGCUACCAAUGUAAUUCAAGAUUCUGAGGCAACUGAAGGAGAUCGGAUAGAGGAAUUGGUGAACAGUAAUGAUGGCACUAAUUGAAGAAAGAACCACCUGUCUUUUUUCACUAAUAUCUAUUCUUGAUGAUUGUAUUGACCAAAUCUUGGAGAAUAUACAUGAAUUUUAGAUGAUUCCAUGAUGCCACAGUGGACCUUGCACUAGCUCUGGUCACCAUAUUUUUUUUAUCUAUCAUGAUUGCUUUUGAUUAUUUCUUAAUUUUGGAUGUCAUGUUGACACAAUAUCUUAAUUGCUAUUCUUCCCGACUGUCUCAAAAGGAUAUUCUUGGACUGAGUAUUGAACCUGAAACUUGUAUUUUAUAAACUGGGUUUGGACCUGAACUUGUGUCAUUGGUUCAUUUGUUUAAAUUUUCAUUUUCUUCCAUGCUAGUAUGGCUUGGAUGGGAAUUGAUGUUGAGGCAGGAUUUUCUGGUGGGAUGCCUUUCCUGUCACCAAUCCUCACCUGUAUCCAAGCAAUGGAGAGACCUGACUUGUACAGAAGAUAGCAAAUGAAUAACAUCACUUGAACUACAAUUGACACUCAUUUUACAUCCAUCAUAUGAGAUCAAAACAAACAGACACACCCACCUACAUACACAUAUUUAUUUGAGGUUGAAUUUUACUGCUGGAUUCUCUUGCUGUUGCCAACUUUUACCUUUUACCAGAACAUAAAAGUGUUUUAGUUAUCUGCAGGUCAUUGAAAGUACAGAGCAGCUGGUCAUACUAUCAACACAGAUGUAACCAUCAGCACUAUUUCUUUGAAAUAGAGACAAGUGCACACACACACACACACACACACAUACACACAAAUGUAAUAGGCUUUCUACAAUGUCCAGAUUCAUUCACAAAUCAUUGGUCACUUAGGUGGUGUGCAGAAGACAGUUCUUGGCCAAGGUGCUGUAAAGUAGGACUGAACCUGAACACAUAGGUUUGCGAAAUGUACCUCUUAGCCACAUGGCCCUGCCUGCGCCUGGAAUAUUGAAGACAAUUGCUUUAAGUACUUUACAAAAUGGUUACAUUAUUGUUCUGUGGGGUACUACAACUGUGGGUGGAAUAUCAAACCAUUCCACCUAUGCCAGCAUGGACAACAGAUUUUAAAUGAUGGUGGUGGUGAGUUGUCUUACUAAAGUAUAGUUUGCUGGAUUGAUCUCUAACAUUGCCAGGAACAUCACCUGAAGACUGUUGGAAAGAAUAUCCCGAUUGAAAAAUUGUCAGCAAUGUAUCUAAUGACAUGAAAAAUAAUUCAGAGGUGGAACCUCAAAGACAGUCUCUGUUUCUUAGGAACUGCUGAAUGUCUUUUUGACUACAUAUUCCAGUGGCUGAUUUCUUCUCACUGACCAAUCUUAGUACCAAAUGUUAGAUUGAGACAGAUCGCCAACAGAAUCAAGAAAUUUUGUAUAUCUCGAAAAGAAUAUGAUUAAAAAAUAAUUAAUAAAACAAUCACAAAAUGUCA